AUGCAGGAGCAACAAAUCCUUGCCAACCAAGAAGAGGAUAAUGUGAUGGUGGGAAUGGCAAUAAUGCCUCCCCUUCAGCAGGGAGUCUGGGAGGAGGCUAGAGCAAAAGAGGCUGCAAAACUAUGGGACAAUUACUUUGGAAAAGCAUCUCCUACAGCAACUGAGGUCUUCAACAAUCAGGCUGGAAGUUCCAUGGAGAUACAGAAUGGAGGAAAAAACAAAGGGGUCAUCAUUCAGGAAUUAGAAGAAACAGAGACUCCCUACAAGAAAAGAAAUGUUACAAGGAGGCUCACUCCUGUAGUUGAAAGCCAGUUUUGUAAGAUGGAUGCUGAAGACAUCACCGAUGAAGCUCUGUUAAACAAGAAAAAGAAGACAGAACCAGUUGCAAGGAUGGUGGCCCAGAAGCAGCAGAAUUCUGAAGAUGCUAUUGGGCUAACAGGGAGACAGGUAGACCAAGCAGAUAAUGAGGACAAUGAGAACUAA